GAGCCUAUACGCCUAUAGCCAAAGCCUACUACUACAGUCCAAGCUGCAUUAUUUUCGUUUGGUGUUAGUCUCGUCAGCCGGUGCCACGCAGGACGCCCACAUCUUUGCUGUGUUGACCUUCCAAUUAUUCGACCCUUUGCCGCAUGAAGUCAACCAAUAAGUGAAAAUGUCAACGAAGGCAGCACCCCAGACACAGACCGGAGGCCUUCGGAUGUCCACAGAGAAGCAAGAGACCCUGCUCAAGCUCUCCAUCCUUUCUCUUGCCGCAAUUUUGUCUUUUGCAACUCGUCUCUUCUCUGUUUUGCGGUUUGAAAGUGUAAUUCAUGAGUUUGAUCCGUACUUCAACUACCGCACCACCAAGUUCUUGGCCGAGGAAGGCUUCUACAAGUUCCACAACUGGUUUGACGACCGAGCAUGGUACCCUUUGGGACGCAUCAUUGGAGGUACCAUCUAUCCAGGAUUAAUGGUAACCUCUGCUGCCCUUUACCAUCUAAUGUGGUUGGUCAACAUUACGAUCGACAUUAGAAAUGUCUGCGUCUUUUUGGCUCCAUUUUUCUCAUCGCUCACCACUAUUGUCACCUACCUGCUCACCAAAGAGCUUAAAGAUUCAUCUGCUGGCUUGGUGGCUGCUGCUAUGAUUGCCAUAGUUCCAGGGUAUAUUUCUCGAUCUGUGGCUGGUUCCUAUGACAAUGAAGGGAUUGCCAUAUUCUGCAUGCUUCUCACCUACUACAUGUGGAUCAAAGCCGUCAAGACUGGAAAAAUCUUCUGGUCAGCCCUGGCUGCACUGGCUUAUUUCUACAUGGUUUCCUCGUGGGGUGGAUACGUGUUCCUCAUCAACCUGAUCCCUAUGCACGUCUUCACUUUGAUGGUCACUGGACGCUUUGGGGCUCGCGUCUAUGUUGCUUACUGCACUCUCUACUGCCUCGGAACAAUUCUAGCCAUGCAGAUUUCUUUCGUCGGAUUCCAGCCAGUCCAGAGCUCUGAACACAUGCUGGCGUUGGGAGUCUUCGGCUUAUGUCAGUUGCACUGCUUUGUCGACUAUUUGCGCGGACGUCUCACCACAUCCGACUUCCAGACCCUGUUCAAGGCCACUAUUGUUGCCACUGGAACAAUUUUGGCUACUGUUCUUGGAAUUUUGGCUAUUACUGGCAAAGUCUCUCCUUGGACCGGUCGCUUUUACUCUCUGCUGGAUCCAUCAUAUGCCAAAAAUCACAUUCCGAUCAUUGCCUCUGUGUCUGAGCACCAACCUACCUCGUGGAGCUCCUUCUACUUUGAUCUGCAACUACUGGUGUUCCUUUUUCCAGCCGGUCUCUACUUUUGUUUCCGCAACCUGACAGACGCAAACAUUUUUCUCAUCCUUUACGGCGUUACAUCAAUUUACUUUGCUGGUGUGAUGGUUCGUUUGAUGUUGGUCUUGGCUCCUGUCAUGUGCAUUCUCGGAGGAAUUGCAAUGUCUGGAAUGUUGAACCGUUACAUGAAGGAUGUCGACACCAGCCCUGUCAUCUUGGGCAUGCCGUCUGGAAACUUAAACCACCCCAAGCACGGUGAAAAGAGGUCUAAGCACAAGCAGGAAUCAAACUAUGUCAUGAAGAGCGAGAUCGCCACUCUUUUUGUGGCCAUCAUGUGCUUCUUCCUGAUAUCCUACACAAUGCACUGCACCUGGGUCACGUCGGAGGCAUACAGCUCUCCUUCCAUUGUCCUGUCCGCUCGUUCACAUGACAACUCUAGAAUAAUUUUCGACGAUUUCCGAGAGGCUUACUACUGGCUGAGAAUGAACACUCCUGAGGAUGCUCGUGUGAUGUCAUGGUGGGAUUACGGCUAUCAGAUAACAGCAAUGGCAAAUCGGACAAUUUUGGUUGACAACAACACCUGGAACAACACACAUAUCUCAAGAGUUGGUCAAGCAAUGGCUUCUUCAGAGGAUAAAGCUUAUGCAAUCAUGAGGGAGCUGGAUGUCAACUAUGUUUUGGUCAUCUUUGGUGGCUUAACUGGAUAUUCAUCUGAUGACAUCAACAAGUUCCUGUGGAUGGUUCGAAUUGGAGGAAGCACUGACCGGGGUGCGCACAUCAAGGAGUGGGAUUACUACACUCCGCAGGGAGAGUUCCGUGUCGACAAAGAGGGAUCUCCGAUUUUGCUUAACUGUCUAAUGUACAAGAUGUGCUACUAUCGAUUCGGACAGGUCUACACUGAAGGAGGACGUCCUCCUGGUUACGAUCGAGUGAGAGGUGCUGAAAUUGGAAACAAGGACUUUGAACUGGACGUGCUUGAGGAAGCAUACACUUCAGAGCACUGGCUUGUCAGGAUUUACAAAGUAAAAGAUCUGCCUAACCGAGGGCUUUAGAUAAGCAUUUCAGUCCGUAACAACGCUUAUUCCAUGCGAGUCUGAUUCUCAGCCGCUCUCAAUUUCUACUAUAAAAGUCAAGAGUUAUUCAGUGGGCGAUAAUGUUCUUGUGUGCAUUGCAUUUUAUUUUAAUAUUGCCUAAAAAUUAAUGAUCUGCUAUUUUUUGUUAAGUUUCAUGGGUCACUAAUGUUUAAAAACAUCUUACACCACAAAAUUUUGGAAGAAUGCAGCAAUAUAUGAAUUUCCGUUAAAGCCAGAAUGGAGCAUUGAGGAAUGAAUGAAUUUUUUCAUGAUGUAAUUUUUAUAUUCUUGUGCGCUCUGUGGGUUUGUGAGCACAACAAAUAUGAUUGCUGAGAGAUUGAUUUAAAAUAAAGGCAAAACAUUG